AUGUCUUUCGAGGAGCCUUGGCCAGAAAAGCCUUGCAAUCCCGGAAAAAACUUUGGAAAACAUUAUCAGAGUCGAAAGAAAAAAAUUUACAAGCAAAUCAAGGAUCAUCAGCUUCUUCAGAAGACCAUCAAGUAUCAGGAGUACAUGGAUCAGCCUACUCCUGAGCCUGUCGUACAGUACAACGUCUACAAGUUGCCGAAGAGCAAGAACGGGAAAGCUGUGAUGCUAAUGAUUAACAAGACUAGCGCAAGACGGCACGGGCAGAAAAAUUUAGGUUUGUGGGAAGUCGAUGAGAAGUAUGACGAGGAAGUGGAAUUCUCGGAGGAUGAGGAACCUGAGGAUACUCCAUAUUUAGAAGGAGAUGAAGCUUCGAAAGAUGCGUCGAGCUUUGAUGAGAUGCUUCUCGAACAUGCCAAACGGAUCAGCCUUCGGGAAAUGAAUAAGGAGCAUUCGGGUUGCCUUGCAAUCCCGGAAAAAAACUAUGGAAAACAUUAUCAGAGUAGAAGGAAAAAGAUUUACAAUCAGGUCAAGGAUCAUCAGCUUCUUGAGAAGACCAUUAAGAAUCAGGAGAACAUGGAUCAGAAAAUUGUUGAGGAUGCUGCGAAGAAAUGCAAUGAUGACCUCGAACUCAACGUGAUGUACUCGAUGAACAAAAAAGGACGAUGGGAAGGCGCUAAGGAUUGCGGCGAGCUGCUCAAAUGUGCGCCGAUUGAUCAGCCGGCCGAGGUUGUUGAGAAGAAUUUUUUGAGACAAUAUGGGUCAAUGAACUAUUCGAAUUCCACCUUUGCGGUUCACAAGAAGGAGAAUGAGGAUGAAGAUGGAUUUGAGAUUCGAACUGCGUCGACGUCGUCGGGACGGGGACAGCAUUAUUCUAAUUUUUCUGAGAAAAAUCGAGAGCUCAGCAAAAAGGGCGGACAUCAGCAGAAAGAAGAGGAGCUGGCUACCGAGCCUGUCGUACAGUACAACGUCUACAAGGUGCCGAAGAGCAAGAAUGGAAAAGCUUUGAUCCUGCUGAACUACAUCACCCCAUCUCGGAAUCGGAAAAAAUACUUGAAUUUCCGGGGAGUCGACGAGGAAGUGGAAUUCUCGGAGGAUGAGGAACCUGAGGAUACUCCAUAUUUAGAAGGAGAUGAAGCUUCGGAAGAUGCGUCGAGCUUUGAUGAGAUGCUUCUCGAACAUGCCAAACGGAUCAGCCUUCGGGAAAUGAAUAAGGAGCAUUCGGGUUGUAAUUGA